UGGUAGGUGUGGAUAAUACGAAGUAACUCUAAAUGCGCUUAUACAGAUGGUCUGUGUUAGUAUCAGAUUAAAACGAACUUAGAAAGACAAUGAUUUUACUGAGACCAUUACCAACUCUUAGUCCCUCUAUGACCAUGAACUGACCCUCACGACUCUCCGUGCAGCCUGUUACCUCUUGUUAGUCCAAACAUCUACAGUGUACAAUUUACAUGAGUAGCUGUGGUUUGAAAUUGCUGGUGUUUACAUGGCAUUCCACUUUUACCCUAAAUGCAGUCAAUCAGCCAAGUCAUGGUGUGUGUUUGUUGCUUUUAGUUUUGCACUGGAGCUCUAAGGCCGAUGUCGUUACAGUAGCAUGGCGGAGAAGAUCAUGACAACCAGAAUAGCAUUGUGUAAAAAUUCGCACCUCCGGGGUUGGGGGUCACGCCUCGCACCUCCGGGGUUGGGGGUUCGAAUCCCAUCUCUGCCCUGUGUGUGUGGAGCUUGCAUGUUCUCCCUGUACUUCAGGGGUUUCCUCCAGGCACUCCGGUUUCCUCCACAAGUCCAAAGACAUGCACUGUAGGCUGUUUGGCAUUUUCCAAAUCGUCCAUAGUGUGUGUGAUUGUGCCCUACAGUGAGUUUGGGAUAGGUCCCAGUCUUCCUGCGAGCCUGUGUGGGAUAAACGGUGUGGAAAAUUGAUGGAUGGAUGGAUGGAAAUGUAACUGAAACCGAAUAGUCUACUUUCUUUUUAACCAGGAUCCCUUGUUUUGUUUAAAUAAAUAAAAAUAAAAAGUUAUUUAUCCGUAAGCAUAUUGUUUAUGACUGUGGUAUUUUGUCUCGAUUUUUUUAACACUCAAAAAAAAGUGUUAUGUUAAUAAAGACGAGUAAAUUGAUUAUUAUUAUUAUGAUUAUGAUUAUUAAGUUUCAAGCAAUAAUAAACAUAAAGCAUGUUUAUUUUCGUCGAUUUUCUUCCUACUUCUGUCCGUUGGAGUGACGAACGUGUCGCUCAGCCAAUCACAAAACAGCUCGACUAUCAAAUCAGAACGCAGCACAAACACUAAGCCCCGCCCACUCCGCACCGCUAGUUGACUUUAGGGGCGUGUCUCGUGUUGCUCAGCUGCUCUCUGCAGAGUGGGUCUCUCUCAGCUGGAUCUCCUCUCUCAGCUGGAUCUCCUCUCUCAGCUGGAUCUCCUCUCUCUUUUCUCUCUCUCGGUGUUUCUUUUCUCCUCUCCGACAUGGCGAAGCCACUGAGCGACCAAGAGAAGCGCAAACAGAUCAGCGUGCGCGGUAUCGCGGGUCUCGGAGACGUGGCGGAGAUCAAGAAGACCUUCAACCGACACCUGCACUUCACGCUGGUGAAGGACCGGAACGUGGCCACGCCCCGGGAUUACUACUUCGCCCUGGCGCACACGGUGCGGGAUCACCUGGUGGGCCGCUGGAUCCGCACACAGCAGCACUACUACGAGAAAGAUCCCAAGAGGAUCCACUACCUGUCUCUGGAGUUCUACAUGGGCAGAACCCUGCAGAACACUAUGAUUAACCUCGGCCUGCAGAACGCCUGUGAUGAAGCCAUUUACCAGCUUGGGCUGGAUCUGGAAGAGCUGGAGGAGAUCGAGGAAGACGCUGGACUGGGGAAUGGUGGACUGGGCCGGCUUGCAGCCUGUUUUCUGGACUCGAUGGCAACUCUGGGUUUGGCGGCGUACGGUUACGGCAUUCGCUACGAGUUUGGAAUCUUCAACCAGAAAAUCUCGAACGGUUGGCAGGUGGAGGAAGCUGACGAUUGGCUGCGCUAUGGUAACCCCUGGGAGAAGGCCCGCCCUGAGUACAUGCUCCCGGUGCAUUUCUAUGGCCAGGUGGAGCACACGAAGGACGGGCCUAAGUGGGUGGACACUCAGGUGAUCCUGGCGAUGCCGUACGACACUCCUGUCCCCGGCUACAAGAACAACACUGUUAACACCAUGAGACUUUGGUCUGCCAAAGCACCCAAUGACUUCAACCUUCAAGAAUUUAAUGUCGGAGACUACAUCCAGGCUGUGUUGGACAGGAACCUGGCGGAGAACAUCUCCCGAGUGCUUUAUCCCAACGACAAUUUUUUCGAGGGUAAGGAGCUGCGUCUUAAGCAGGAGUAUUUUGUGGUGGCAGCCACUCUCCAGGACAUCAUCCGACGCUUUAAAUCCUCCAAGUUCGGCAGCAGAGCCUACGUGCGCACUUCGCUGGAGAACUUUCCGGAAAAGGUCGCGAUCCAGCUGAAUGACACGCACCCUGCUCUGGCCAUACCUGAGCUCAUGAGGAUCCUGAUAGACGUGGAGAAACUACCCUGGGACAAGGCAUGGGAGAUCACCACCAAGACGUGUGCGUACACGAACCAUACGGUUCUCCCAGAAGCUCUGGAGCGUUGGCCUGUCUACAUGUUUGAGAAACUCCUGCCCAGACACCUGCAGAUCAUCUAUGAGAUCAACCAGCGUCACCUGGAUAGAAUAUCAGCACUGUAUCCAGGGGAUAUGGAGCGUCUCCGCAGGAUGUCUCUAAUCGAGGAGGGCGAUCCCAAGAGGAUAAACAUGGCUCACUUGUGUGUGGUGGGAUCGCACGCCGUCAACGGAGUCGCUCGCAUCCACUCGGAUAUCGUCAAAACCACAGUUUUUAAGGACUUCUACGACAUUGAGCCGGAGAAGUUUCAGAACAAGACGAACGGCAUCACCCCUCGCCGCUGGCUCCUGCUCUGUAACCCCGGCCUGGCUGAGAUCAUCGCCGAGAAAAUCGGUGAGGAUUUCCUGAAGGACCUGUACAAGCUGAGGAAGCUGCUGGACUACAUUGAUAACGACGUGUUCAUCAGAGACGUGGCAAACGUCAAACAGGAGAACAAGCUGAAGUUAGCCGCGUAUCUGGAGAUGACGUACAAAGUUCAGGUCAAUCCAGAGUCCAUCUUUGACAUUCAGGUGAAGAGGAUCCACGAGUACAAGCGACAACUGCUGAACUGCCUGCACAUCAUCACCUACUAUAACCGGAUCAGAAAGGAGCCGAGUAAGAAGUUUGUGCCCAGAACGGUCAUGAUCGGGGGCAAGGCAGCGCCUGGGUACCACAUGGCUAAAAUGAUCAUUAAGCUGAUCACCUCGGUGGCGGAUGUGGUCAAUAAAGACCCGGUGGUGGGCGACCGACUGAAGGUGAUCUUCCUGGAGAACUACAAAGUCUCACUGGCUGAAAAAGUGAUCCCAGCAGCAGACCUGUCCGAGCAGAUCUCCACUGCCGGCACAGAAGCUUCCGGAACAGGCAACAUGAAGUUCAUGCUGAACGGCGCCCUCACCAUCGGUACCAUGGACGGUGCAAACGUGGAGAUGGCUGAGGAGGCGGGAGAGGAGAACCUCUUCAUCUUCGGCAUGAGGGUGGAGGACGUGGAGGCCCUGGACCGCAAAGGCUACAACGCUCGUGAGUACUAUGACCGCUUGCCGGAGCUCAGACAGGUGAUUGAUCAGAUCUACACAGGACACUUCAGCCCCAAUGAGCCAGAGAUGUUCAAGGAUGUCGUCAACAUGUUGAUGGAUCAUGACCGUUUCAAGGUAUUUGCAGAUUAUGAGGCAUAUAUCAGCUGUCAGGAGAAGGUCAACAACCUCUACAGGAACCCUAAAGAAUGGACCAAGAAGGUGAUCAGAAACAUCGCCUGCUCUGGAAAAUUCUCCAGCGAUCGCACCAUCUCCGAGUACGCACGUGAGAUCUGGGGGGUGGAGCCUUCAGAUCUGAAGAUCCCACCGCCCAAUGAACCACGAGACUGAAGUGGGUCUUACACAGUGGUUUGUGCCAGUGACUCGCUACAUACUCUUCCUUCAUUCUUUAACACUGUAGGUGUGAUGGGUUGAGUUUGGUCACGAGGUUAUGAUUGUAUGAAAAGGGAAAGAUCCUCAAUCUGUCUCAGAAGGCCAUGCCAAUUCUUUCCCCUCUCUUCUUUAAUACUAUGCAUAUGUAACAUUUAAAACCCACCAGCUUUUCGUGCCUUAUCCAUCUGAUCUGAGUGAAAUACACUGUUCUAUUCACGUAAUAUUGCUGUGCCUGGAAGCUUUGAAAGGACAUAAUUUCAUAUCUUGUGUAUUGUGAAAUUUAGGGACAGUUUUAUUCACACAAGUUAGGACUAGAACUUUCUCUGAGUGAAAACUGUACUUUUGUGUGUGUGUGUGUGUGUGUGUGUGUGUUUGCCUACUGUAUGCAAUUCUACAAAAGGUAAAAUGGGGGAAAAAAUUGCAUUAAAUUGUGACCUAGCAACUGCUACUAGAACCUAUUUAGCUCGGCUAGCAAUUAUGCUACUUAGCACAGAUAGCGAUUAGCACUUUAGAUCAUGUGUAUUGGUUAGCACUUAGCAUAUCUUGACGCUUACAUUUUGGAUCUCGUUUAGCACAGUUAGCAAUUAGGAGAUGCUACUGUAGCUGUUGUCGUGAUUAGCAUGGAUGCUGUCAUCAGUGAUGCAUCAUACGUAACAUCUGUCCCUAUUCAUUUUCUAAGCCGAAUAAUUAUAGAUUCUAAUGUUAAUGAUUCAGCACUUUUCUUCAGAGCGCUAUUUAUUUGCACCGCACUUAGCUAACGGAGACGCUCGCUAAUCUUCAUUUAAACCUUUCAUAAGUCCAGAGUUACACGCUUGUUUACACUGUUCUCAUAAAAGCUUCAAAUGUAAAGGCAUCAAAACAGCAGAAAGUAAAUCCAUGGGAACAUUAGAAGGGGAACGAAACAUUUUUGCAUUAAAAUCAGGGACGUGUUUGUGUAUCCAGCUUUAGUGUGUGUGAGUAUACAGUAUAUCAACAGGCCUCUUGUGAAAAUGAUAUAUUUUGAAUAAUGUACAUGUACGUGUCUUAAUGGAUUUUUGUUUUUGUGUAUUCAAUCUCAUUGUGUUUUUACACCCUUUACCCGAGCACUGUCUGAAAUAUUUGACGCAUUUGUGUUCCAUUGAAAGAAUAAAGAUGUUGAAAAGA